UCUUUCCGGCAGGGAGGGAGGCAGCGGGAGGAGGCAUUCGCUGCUAUGGCGCUCCUGGUUGGCACGCUGCGUCUCCUGCUCGGCGGCUUCUUCACGCUUGCCGGGGCUGCUAAACUCUUGCAGGUCUCGGCCCCCGUGUCACAACAAAUGGGCUGUGGUCUGGCAGUGUAUCAUGGAGGAGGAGGAUAUGACAGUAAAACCACUCAACUCCUGGCCAAGAAGCCAAGCAGAAACAGGAAGACAGACAUCACGGUCUCAUAUUCCCCUUCAGGGGCACAUUGCCAAAGACCCAAAGACCUUCAACCAGAUCCCAUCACCAUGAGGUUUCACCAUCUUCUAUGUGAGUCUGCUUCCCUUUACUGUGUGUCAAGUUAACCACCAAGAUCCGCCAUCCCUGGGAUCUUGGAGGAACAUUUCAGGUCCAAACUGUAGCAGCGCCUCACUUUUCUACACAGAUCUGAAUACAUCUACCUCCCAUGUGAACGGAGUUGACUGUUUUUAUCUCUCUUCUUGAGUAUGUCUCACUCUCUUUGAUCUGUGUUUGGAACCCAGUGAAGCAGGAGCAGGAAAAGGAAAGAUCUUGUCUCUGCUCCUCACAUCAGCCAAUGCUUAGCCCAUCUUGCUUGUUGGGAGAAUUAAAUGGGAGUCCAAAAGCACACCACUAGAGCCAAUUAGUACUGUUAUUCUCAACCCUUCCUUGGGAAUCAAGCUGGCUCAUCCCAGCAUCUCAGCCCAAGGCCAAGAGACAGCUGAGGCCCCCAACAUCCUGUGUUCAUUUGCUCAUGCCUGCAUGAAUUGCUCAAGCCCACAGGCCACGCAAGACUGCGUCUUUGAGAAAUGACCUGGCAUCCACACCAGGGCCAGCUAAAUCUCCUGAGGCCAAAUUCAAUUCUGUCCAAAUAAAAAAUGAUUCCCGUUGGCCUCAUCCAUCCCUGUGGUCUUGUACUAUCAUGCUUUUGAUGUAACAUUUCCUCCAGCAAUGUAGUCAGUUUCCGUUGGGAAAUGUCCAACUUAGUCUUCUGUGUCUGACCGGGGGAGGAAAAAUAACUUGAGAGUCAAUUGCCUUUGGGAGGUCAGACACAGUGGAAAGAAAUCCUCUGGCUGGAGUUACAGUGUGUGUGUGUGUCCCCUCCU